GCUGCCCUGCGCCAACCCCUCCCCUCACCUAUCCUCCCCCGCCCUCCACUCGCCGCCCUGCCGGCCCCCCCACCCGUCCCUUCCCUUAUCAGCACCCGCGGCCCCGGCAGUGCCGACGCAGGCGCACUGCACCGCGCCGCCGCCAUUUUGUGUCCGAGCCUGUGGAGCGAUUAAACCGUGCGCGGUGCUGCUUCUUUAGCGGCAGCGGCGGCGGCGGUAGCCGGUGCGGACGCGCGGAGCUGGCCGGAGACGCCGGGUGGCCGGAGCCGUGGAGCGGCGGCGGAGCGGGCGCUGCGGGGGGUGUGGCGCGGAGAAUGAUUAUGGACUUGAAGCCAAAGAACAAGAUGCACUAGUGGACUGAUUGCUGACCAGGGGCUUGAGAGCUGAGUUCUGUUUUCCCUCCUCAAACUGACUUUGCGGCCACGGAGAGGAAGGGGAAAUGGAAGGUGAGGCGGUCGAAGCCAUUGUGGAGGAGUCCGAAACUUUUAUUAAAGGAAAAGAGAGAAAGACUUACCAGAGACGCCGGGAAGGGGGCCAGGAAGAAGAUGCCUGCCACCUACCCCAGAACCAGACGGAUGGGGGUGAGGUGGUCCAGGAUGUCAACAGCAGUGUACAGAUGGUAAUGAUGGAACAGCUGGACCCCACCCUUCUUCAGAUGAAGACUGAAGUAAUGGAGGGUACAGUGGCUCCAGAAGCAGAGGCUGCUGUGGACGAUACCCAGAUUAUAACUUUACAGGUUGUAAAUAUGGAGGAACAGCCCAUAAACAUAGGAGAGCUUCAGCUUGUUCAAGUACCUGUUCCUGUGACUGUACCUGUUGCUACUACUUCAGUAGAAGAACUCCAGGGGGCUUAUGAGAAUGAAGUGUCUAAAGAGGGCCUUGCGGAAAGUGAACCCAUGAUAUGCCACACCCUACCCUUGCCUGAAGGUUUUCAGGUGGUUAAAGUGGGGGCCAAUGGAGAGGUGGAGACACUAGAACAAGGGGAACUUCCACCCCAGGAAGAUCCUAGUUGGCAAAAAGACCCAGACUAUCAGCCACCAGCCAAAAAAACAAAGAAAACCAAAAAGAGCAAACUGCGUUACACAGAGGAGGGCAAAGAUGUGGAUGUGUCUGUCUAUGAUUUUGAGGAAGAACAGCAGGAGGGUCUGCUAUCAGAGGUUAAUGCAGAGAAAGUGGUUGGUAAUAUGAAGCCUCCAAAGCCAACAAAAAUUAAAAAGAAAGGUGUAAAGAAGACAUUCCAGUGUGAGCUUUGCAGUUACACGUGUCCACGGCGUUCAAAUUUGGAUCGUCACAUGAAAAGCCACACUGAUGAGAGACCACACAAGUGCCAUCUCUGCGGCAGGGCAUUCAGAACAGUCACCCUCCUGAGGAAUCACCUUAACACACACACAGGUACUCGUCCUCACAAGUGCCCAGACUGUGACAUGGCCUUUGUGACCAGUGGAGAAUUGGUUCGGCAUCGUCGUUAUAAACACACCCACGAGAAGCCAUUCAAGUGUUCCAUGUGUGAUUACGCCAGUGUAGAAGUCAGCAAAUUAAAACGUCAUAUUCGCUCUCAUACUGGAGAGCGUCCAUUUCAGUGCAGUUUGUGCAGUUAUGCCAGCAGGGACACAUACAAGCUGAAAAGGCACAUGAGAACCCAUUCAGGGGAAAAGCCUUAUGAAUGUUAUAUUUGUCAUGCUCGAUUUACCCAAAGUGGUACCAUGAAGAUGCACAUUUUACAGAAGCACACAGAAAAUGUGGCCAAAUUUCACUGUCCCCACUGUGACACAGUCAUAGCCCGAAAAAGUGAUUUGGGUGUCCACUUGAGAAAGCAGCAUUCCUAUAUUGAGCAAGGCAAGAAAUGUCGUUACUGUGAUGCUGUGUUUCAUGAGCGCUACGCCCUCAUCCAGCAUCAGAAGUCACACAAGAAUGAGAAGCGCUUUAAGUGCGACCAGUGUGAUUAUGCUUGUAGACAGGAGAGGCACAUGAUCAUGCACAAGCGCACUCACACCGGGGAGAAGCCUUACGCCUGCAGCCACUGCGAUAAGACCUUCCGCCAGAAGCAGCUUCUCGACAUGCACUUCAAGCGCUAUCACGACCCCAACUUUGUCCCUGCAGCCUUUGUGUGUUCUAAGUGUGGGAAAACAUUUACACGUCGGAAUACCAUGGCAAGACAUGCUGAUAAUUGUGCUGGCCCAGAUGGUGUAGAGGGGGAAAAUGGAGGAGAAACGAAAAAGAGUAAACGUGGAAGAAAAAGAAAGAUGCGCUCUAAGAAAGAGGAUUCCUCUGACAGUGGUAGGUGACUUGUUUCUUCUUUU